AUGGCUAUCCUUUUUCUUCUUCUUCUCCAACUUCCCCUUUCCGUUGUCGUUGCUCAAACCAACGGCAAAAUAAAUGUUCCAACUUCUCUGACUGCAGGAAGCAAUAAUUAUUUUUGGCUUUCACCUUCUAAAGAUUUUGCAUUUGGAUUCCACCAGCUUGACGAUGAUGCCUUCGUACUUGCCAUUUGGUAUUACAAACUAUCCGCCCAAUUCACCCCAGUUUGGUAUGCAAAUGCAAAUAAAGGUAAACCGGUUCCAAGGAAUUCCAAACUGGAGCUAACUUCUGACAGUGCUCUCGUGCUCAAAAACGGUGCUCAAACAUUAUGGAACUCUGGAAAAACGAGUUCUGCCGAAGUAAACUAUGCUGUGAUGAAUGAUACAGGCAACUUUAUGCUGUUGGAUAUUUUUAAUAGACCCAUAUGGGAGAGCUUCAACUAUCCCACUGAUACGCUGUUGCCUUCUCAGAUCAUGAAGUUAGGUGGUUCUCUUUCUGCCAGAACAAGUGACACCGACUUCACACCGAGAAGAUUCCAGUUUCGUUUGGCUAAUAAUGGUAUUGCUGAGCUUAUUACCAUAAAUUUGCCAGGAAACCAAUCUUAUGAUACAUACGAUUCCAAGGGUGAUACAUCGGAUCCUGGUAACCAAGUUGAGCUUGAUUCGUCGGGCUUGCAUGUAUUGACAGAAAAUGGAAGCAAAAUCUUUGUUUCGAAACUGGAAAAUCCAAUCUCAGAUCCUUUGGACUACUAUAUGAGAGUCACUCUUAAUUUUGAUGGGGCUCUUACCAUAAACUCUCACUCCAAAGAUCCGUCUGCUGCGAAUGAAACAUGGAGAACCUUAAAAUCAAUACCGAACAAUGUAUGCUGGAAAGUAAAUGGAGCUAGGGGAGGUGGAGUAUGUGGGUUUAACAGUAUAUGCUCAACCCAAUCUGAUAGAAGGGCAAAUUGCACAUGCCCAAAUGGUUAUUCUUUGGUCAAUACAGAUGAUGCAUAUAGUGGCUGCAGACCAAAUUUCUUACUGGGUUGUGAUGGUAGUUCGAGGCAAAUCUACCCGGAGAACCACUUCAUGCAGGAGAAAUCAGAUGUUAAUUUUCCAUUUACCGAUUAUGAGGUGCUUAGCUCUACUGAUAGGGAGAGCUGCAAAAAUGAAUGUUUGCAUGAUUGUUUAUGUGCAGCAGUCGUUUAUAGCCCCUUUGCGAACUGUUGGAAGAAGAGGCCUCCACUUUCCAAUGGGAGAGUUGAAUCAUAUACCACAACUUAUAUCAAAACAGCUUAUAAUUCGUCUCAUGUAAUCCCACUUCCUCCUCCAAAUCCAAAAGACCCAGCAAAGGACAAGAACACAUUGGUUAUUGUGGUGUUGUCUGUACUCUUAGGCAGUUCUGUGUUGGUCAUAUUUGUGGGGGCAGCACGUAUGGGUUUCUUUUGCAUCUUCAAUAGGAAGCUCCUUGCAGUUGAAAUUUCUACAAAUGACACCUCUGUCGAAAGUAGAUUGCGGCAAUUUACCUACAAGGAGUUGACAGAGGCCACAAAUGGAUUUAAGGAAGAGCUAGGCAGGGGAUCUUGUGGGAUAGUUUACAAAGGCGAAACGAGAUCAACUGGUCUGAUUCCUGUCAAGAUGUUAGACAGAGUUUUCGAAGACAGCGACAAAGAAUUCAAAGCAGAAGUUAACAUUAUAAGCCAAACACAUCACAAGAAUCUUGUCCGCCUAGUCGGUUAUUGUGAUGAGAAACAACACAGGUUGCUGGUGUAUGAGUUCUUGGGAAAUGGCACUUUAGCAAGAUUUCUAUUUGGAGAUCUAAAACCCAAUUGGAAACAGAGGACACAAAUUGCAUGUGGGAUCGCAAGAGGACUUGUUUACUUGCACGAGGAAUGCAGGACGCAGAUCAUCCACUGCGACAUAAAGCCUCAAAACAUACUUCUGGAUGAGUAUUACAAUGCUCAGAUUUCUGACUUUGGGUUGGCAAAGUUUUUGCUAAUCAAUCAAAGCCAUACAAAAACAAAUAUCAGAGGAACAAAAGGCUACGUUGCUCCUGAAUGGUUCAGGUCUGCACCCGUGUCUGUGAAGGUCGAUGUGUACAGUUUUGGUGUGUUGCUGCUAGAAAUCAUUUGCUGUAGGAGAAAUGUAGAUAUGGAAAUUGAUGAGGAAGAGAAGAGAAUUUUGACAGAUUGGGUUUAUGACCGUUAUUUGGAAGGGAAAUUAGAUUAUCUGGUUAAAAAUGACAAAGAGGCCAUGGAAGAUAUGAAAAUCGUUGAGAGAUUUGUGAUCGUUGCCAUUUGGUGCCUCCAAGAAAACCCCCAUGUAAGACCCACCAUGAAACAGGUUAUGCUUAUGCUUGAAGGAAUACUUCAAGUUUCAUCACCCCCAAGUCCUUGUCCCUUCAGUUCCAUCAACUGA